UGGGGAGGAGGCCUCCAGUAGGUAACCUGUGAGUGCAACUUUUGGGGGGGAGGGGGCACCCAUUUGAAGGGGAGUGACCCACGCUUGAGGAUGGGUAGGGAUGGCACUGAUAUGGCAGAGACGGGAAGGCAGCGAGAAGGUAGAGGGUGGUGAGAUUGUGGAGGAAGCCUCGAUGCCUCCCUUCCACCAAAACUGGUGCCUCCCACGCAGUGAGACUGAACGCAGCCGCAGCUCUGUACCUUUGGUAGCAGAGAGCGAUGUAGAGAUCGGAAGAAGUGUUGUGUCGUUUCUUAAUCCUGAGGAGCAUCCUGAGGCAGAGGCCAUGCUGUCCCCUUCUGCAUCAGGAGUGAAGCUGGUCCCUCGGCUGUCCAAGCGCAGGCUGGUAGUGCUGAUCAUCUUCAGCUUGUACUCACUGGUGAAUGCCUUUCAGUGGAUCCAGUAUAGUAUAUUGACCAACGUCUUUACAUGUUACUAUAACGUUUCCAGUUCUGAAAUAGACUGGCUCUCCAUGACCUAUAUGGUGACAUAUGUGCCUCUCAUCUUUCCUGCCACUUGGCUGCUGGACACUCAAGGCCUGCUCAUCACUGCCUUGCUGGGAUCUGGACUCAACUGCCUGGGUGCCUGGAUUAAAUGUACCAGCGUCCAGCAAAACCUCUAUGUAGUGACUUUGUUGGCUCAGGUUGUGUGUUCCAUAGCCCAGGUCUUUAUUUUGGGGCUGCCCUCCCGCAUUGCCUCUGUCUGGUUUGGGCCCAAAGAAGUGUCCACUGCUUGUGCUGUAGCUGUUCUGGGCAACCAGCUAGGCGUAGCAAUUGGCUUCUUAUUGCCUCCAGUUUUAGUUCCGAACACAGCUGAUGACCUGGACCUCAUGGGGCAUAACAUCCGUACUAUGUUCUAUGGCACAGCAGCAGUAUCUACACUCCUUUUUAUACUAACAGCUCUUGUGUUUAAGAAAAAACCUAAAUAUCCUCCAAGUCAGUCUCAGGCUGUUCUUCUGGAUGUAUCUCCUGAGGAUUAUUCCUAUAAACAGUCAAUAAUCAACCUGUUCAGAAAUGUACCUUUUAUUCUUUUGCUGAUCAGUUAUGGAAUUAUGACUGGGGCAUUUUAUUCAGUCUCAACUCUCCUAAACCAAAUGAUAGUAUUUCAUUAUAAGGGGGAAGAACUGAAUGCAGGAAGGAUUGGCCUGACUCUUGUGGUAGCUGGAAUGGUGGGCUCAGUUAUUUGUGGCUUAUGGCUGGAUCACACCAAAACAUACAAGCAGACCACGUUAGUUGUGUACAUCCUCUCAUUUGUUGGAAUGGUUGUAUUCACAUUCACCUUGGAUUGUAGGCACCUCAUCGUUGUAUUUCUGACUGGUGGAGUACUUGGUUUCUUCAUGACUGGUUACCUCCCUCUUGGUUUUGAAUUUGCUGUGGAAAUUACAUACCCAGAGUCAGAAGGCACCUCAUCGGGGCUUCUGAAUGCUUCAGCACAGAUAUUUGGGAUUAUCUUUACACUGAUUCAAGGAAAACUCACAACUGUUUACAAUCCUCGUGCAGGAAACAUUUUCCUCUUUGUGUGGAUGUUUAUAGGUAUCAUUUUAACAGCUUUAAUCAAGUCAGAUUUACGGAGACACAGUGUGAAUUCAGGGAUAAGCAUUGACAUUAAAUCUAUGUCAGUUGACAGUCCUACAGAAGAUGAACUGAAUAAAACUGCACCAAAAAGCCAGUCUGAAUUAAAAAUUUAAAACAGAAGAGAGAAAUGCCAGAGAAUUGUCAAGUUAUACCAAGCAGAAGCAACUUGACAGAUAAACACAAGAACUGUCUGAAAGUAAUAGUUAUGUGCUACCAGUGAUAAUCAUGCAGUAUUGCUUACAUAUGAACUAAAGUUACACAUGCACUCUGCUGAAGAUACGUGUUAAUUUUCCUAUGAGUUAUUUAUAGUGGGUGGCAAUCGUAAGCAGUUUUUCAGUUGCAUGGAUUAAGAUUUCCAGCAGUCUGCCAUUCCUUUCUGGAAACUAUGCACUUUCAGAAAAUAUAGUUACGCUGCAAUCCUAAACAUGCUUACUGUGGAGUAAGCACCAUUGAAUGAAUGCAGUCAGACUUGUUUCCAAGUAAGUAAGCAUAGUACUACAUUGUAAAGUAGGGAUAGGGAGACUGUGACCCUCCCAGAUGCUGUUGGACUACAACAUCCAUAGUUCCUGACCAUUGGCCAUACUGGGGUUGGAUACCAGCAUCAUCUGGAGGGCCACAGGCUUCUUAUCCCUGCAGUAAAGGAACUGAAGUGCUGUGGCAGAUACUAAUAAUUUCUAAUGAAAAUUAGCACAUCAAAUUAAUCCAUGCAUCCUUUAUAUGGAAGGUGUACACUGAGCAGAUUAGCAUAAAGGAGUGUUUUUAAAUUUGUUUACUGUAAAUAUUGUGGAAAUUUUAAACGACAUUCCUUCCUCUAGCACAACACACAGUAUACUUAAUUCAUAUUUUGAAUGUGUUAUGCUGUAGAUUCUGUUUGCCAUUUCUAUUGGCUUUGAAAGGAUUAUAGUUCAUGAAAACUCUUGUGCUUAAAUACAGAUGAGGAAAUUGCAGAAUCUCAUAUUUUCUGGAAAUAUUUUAUGUUCUAAGUUUUUGGAGAUAAAGGCAUUCUGGAUUUCUUAGCUACAAAACUCCUAGAUCGUCAUCUAUCCUGAAUUUUUCCUUUGCAUUUUGAAAAUGCAGCCAUGUUAUCUUAGUGUAUGAAUGGCAAAAGAGCAUUGCCAGAUCUAUACACACAUACAUGCAGACGUUUUUUACUUGUGUUUCUGUAUGUUUGUUAGUGUUAGUGAAAAAUAAAUGUAGAAAGGGACUUUGGGCAAAUUAAAAAAAAAAGUACUGCAAGAGCACACAAUGGGAGCUUAUCUGCUGCUUCAUCUGGUCAGGGAUGUGUGCAGGUUUACAAGAAUACUGCGCCUUUUCCUACUGAAUGAUGUAACAAAAGAAUCUGAGCUCAGUCUUACACUUUAUUUGUGCCCUCUUGUGAUGUUAAGGGAAAACAUGAGUGCAUAUACUUGGCCUCUGCUGGUUGCUGAUUUGAUGGAAAUUUAUCAGUUGUUCUAAUGUGUCUGUUGGAGAAAUGUUUUUUGUGUUAAAUGUUCUUCCAUCACGUCACUUGUAUGCGACUUGCCUGGUAGUAAAUAAUGGUUACCUUUAGAUCUUUCUUGGCUUUAAAGCAGGGAUGAAAGUGAAAACCGCACAGAUGCUGCUACUUUUGAUUCUCAAAUAUACAAGGAUGGUUUCAGUAACAAUCUUGUCAUCUUGACAUGAGGGACAUGUUUUGUAAAGGCAUCUGAUGUGAUAGCAUAUGUACAUUUAUUUCAUAGCACCUGUGUCCAGUAAUUUAAAGGUAAGAUGCAUAAUCCAGCUAAAAUAGUCCUCAAGUCUCACUGAUUCCAGUGGGAUUCCAAAAGUUAAGCACACCCUUCUCUCCCUUUGAAAUCAGUGGAAUAUAAAAGUGCUCAACUCUGACUGAAUCAUGCCUCCCGUUCCUGAGUUAAUUCAGGAAUGCUUAUAAAAAUGAAAGGCAUCAAACUAUAUCCAUUUUAUGUAAACAGUGCUGUUAGUACUUGCGUUCUAAAGUCACUCUUGUCCCCAUCAGUAGGAAAAAUUAGAUAGCUGUCCAGCAUGCCAUGUAGUUGGUUGCUAAACCCAACUGUCUUUCUUUCAUUACCUUGGUGAGAAAGGAACAGUACCCUUGUCUUGUCCUGUUAGCAUAAUCCUUGACAUAAAUACCUCAUUUUAACAGCAGUCAUUGAAUAACGGCACCAUAUGAAUAAUAUGUAUAAAUCAUUAUAAAGAGCAGCUCCAUAUGUUUCCCAGUCGCUUUUUCAAUAAGCCUCUGUUGGUGGCUGCUUUUUUUAUUUUAAGAUAAUGAGUUCGGGCAGGUCUUCAGAUGCCUUGGUGUGACCACAAGUGUCAGGAGAUGUUCUGCUGGCAGGAUUGCAACUUCCUUGGCAUUCUGCAGGGGUGGCUCCAUGGCAGGAUUUUGUGAGGUUCACAUUUGAGCUACCCAAUUUAUAUUCAUUAACCAUUAUGCUCUGGAUUUGAAAGGUUGUUAUGAUACCUUGUUGGAAGGGGCUGCUGUUUGAUUAUUCAGUGAUCCAGUGUGCUGAAUGCUUCAGUCACUUAACUGCUGGCUUGCACAGAGACUAUGAAGAAGAAAGGCGGCGCCUUACCUGUCACUAGUGUUCUUUGAAUGGUCAUCUGUACAGUCACACAUCCAACCUUCUAUAGCUGCUGCUGCUGUCUUGUGUGUGUCUCUGGAUAUUUGUGCCACUGGGUUGAAAGUGGAAAGGUGCUUGUCCUAUCACUCAGCAUGUACAGAGAAAAAGGAUUGGUUUACUCAAGGGUCAGGUAAGGGCAUAAGCUGUAGCUCUUGGAGCAGAGCUGUAGAAACUUCUGUGGAUGCUUUGUGUCAGUGCAAAAGCCUACUGUUGUAGAACUUACAGGUAAACCACCUUUUCUAGUAUAUCAACCUCCUCUGAUAUGUUGGAGGAUUCCAUUACAUUUUUGUUCGCUUCUGCUAGCCUUGACAGAGGGAACACGAAUGCACUGAGUAUCCUAUUAAAUUCUACUCGAAGACCCAUUUAAAAGAAUGGGCAUGACUAGCUUAGGCCUAUUAAUUUCAGUGGCUGUACUGAGUAGAAUGGAAUUGGAUAAAAACCCAUUGUCUUCUUUUAUAGGCAUGUAUCAACAUGCAAGCAUUGUCUGUACCUGUAGUUCCUUGUGCUGUAGAAUGCCAUCAAUAAAACAUAUAUUUCCUAAA